AUGAACCAAUCAUCCCAUAUUAUAAGAAGAUUUGAGAAAUUCACAACUAAAGAAAUAAUCGAUAAUCGACUUCGCUUGAAAGCUUCAAUUGAGGGAACUAGGUGGCUUACAUUUCAUGGAUGUUCUUUUAGAAGUCAUGAUGAUUCUAAAACAUCAAUUAACCGUGGCAACUUUUUUGAACUAUUGACUUUAUUAGUUACCUAUAAUGAGAAGAGCGUUUUUGGACUUGUUUAUGUUAAAGACAUUAUUGCAUCAACAUUGAUGAAUUGUAUCUUUUCUCUCCUCGGUCAUCAUAGUCUCGAUGUUCAAAAUAUUCGGGGACAAGGUUAUGACGGUGCAAGCAAUACGCGUGAAGAAUGGAAUGGUCUGCAAGCCCUAAUUUCAAGUGAAUGUACGUAUGCUUAUUAUGUUCAUUGUUUAGCACAUCGUUUGCAGCUGGCAUUAGUUACCUCGUUUAAGGAAGUAAUCCAGAUGUUUAGUUCCCCUUGUGAAGUUUUAUUGAAUAUUAUUGAGGAUGGAACUACGGCUGCUCAACGUGGAGAUGCUGGUGCAGCUUAUGAGAAACUUAGAGAUGACGGGUGGGAUAAGUUAAUUGCAAAUGUGAAAUCUUUUUGUAAAGUAUUAGGUAUACCUGUACCUGAUUUUAAUGCUCAAUAUAUAGCAAGGAGAGGAAAGGCUCGUCAUCAACAUGAUCAAAGUACAAUAGAGCAUCACUAUAGAGCUGAUAUUUUUUAUGUCGUGAUCCACUCUCAAUUGCAAGAAUUGAACAACAAAUUCAUUGAUAAUAUAGUGGAGUUGAUUAUGCUUAGUUCAGCUUUAGAUCCGAUGGAGAUGCAAGUAUUAUUCAGAAUUGAAGACAUUUGCAAGUUGGUGCAAAUUUUUUAUCCAAGAGACUUCGCAGAAUCUAAGAUGCAGUUGAGGACACAAUUUGAGCAUUUUGAUCAUGUUCGUGAACUUUCUGAUUUUAAAGAACGAUCUUUUUCAGCUAUGAACAUAGUUAAGACAACAUUCCGUAACAAGAUGGAAGAUGAAUUUCUUUCUGACUGUUUACAAGUGUACAUUGAAAAGAAGAUUGCUGCAAAGUUUAACACAGACUUGCUGAUAGAUGAUUUCCGUGACAUGCAAGAGGGACGUUCUCAAUUUUAG